AUGGUGCUAUUGGUACUGGUAGGAUUGCUCGUCGCCGUGCCAUCGGGAUGGACAGCCAUUCAACGGCCGGAGAUACACAAAUGGCUAGAACAAAAUAGUUAUAUCUGCGUUUUGGACCCAAUACGCAACACUGUUCGUUUUCUGACAACUAGCGAAGCACAAGCAUUGAGAUGUAACUGUGGUGAUCCUCUCAUAACAAAAUCAGCUUGUGCUAGACGCGGUUUCGAGAGACCUCAUUGUGCGAGUUUACCAGACUUGUGCCUACGUGAAUAUCAGAUCCUCUUCACAGAGAUCGAGGAUCGCAGAAAUCAACCACCAAUGAGUACCCGUUUUCCUUCCCGCACAACUACAACUUCGCCACCCACAACAUUACGUCGUCGAACUCUGUCUACUCGACCAACAAGGGUGUUACACUCAUUACCUACUAUUGCACCACGAUCACUCAAUUCUCAAAACCGAAAUAAGCCUACAUUUAUACUUCCCAACCGUUUCCCUCUAACAUCAUCGACUAGGCGCACGACAUCCCACGAAUUGAUCCGAAAAUUGACAACCACAACUCCAGCAUUGCGCAAAUCUCGACCAACACUCCAUACCACAGCUUUCAGACGGAGCACUUUACGACCUCUGCAUAGAGAAAGAGAUGAACACUCAGCAUCGGUUCCAACAUCACGUAAAACUGUAAAUUCUUUAGCAAGCACAUCGCCGACAACUCUAUCGACAUUCUCAACACCUUUCACUUCUACAACAACACCUGUUCCUAUCACCACUACGACUAUAACUUCACCACCAUCUAGCAGUCAUGCAUCUACAACAAACUCAGCAUCACACACAUCAUCUCUCGAUUCUAAUGGCGAUGCAUCGAAAUCAAAAGUGGUCACUCACCCUGGGUCAUCCACUUCUCCUUCAUCUAAGCAUGACAAAUUAGAGAAAGUUCGUCUUCUAAUCAAAGACUUCCUUCAAAACAUGAGUCCGGAUGAUCAUAUUAGUGACUUAGAGAAACUAUUUGAUUUCGAACGUCUUAACCAUAAGAAAGCCAACAAGGAUGUAGCACACAAGCACAAAGUACGAAAGGAAAUUGUGCGUGUGUCUUCGGAAGAAGUCCCAGCCACUGAAGAAAGAAUGCAAAGUGUUGUUUUUGAUGAACAAAUGAACUUGAUGGGUGAUAUGCCAGCUCUCGUUCUAACGACAAGCGCGAUUCCUAUGGAAACUACAACCAUUUCAACGCCAACAACAACUCUGACCACGACAACUGUCACAACCACAACGCAACGUCCAUCCACAACUGAAACUCCUGAAGUCAAACCUAUUAUUGUUACAAAAGAACCAACCAACAAUCGUAUUGAGCCUAUCAUUGAAAGACUCCGUCAACGCAUUGAAUUAUUAGAAGCUCGUAUCUUGAAUUCUGUAUCUGAUCCAGGAUCGGAGGCGGACGAGAGUAAGAAUGUGAUGAUUCAUAAUUUCCGACGUCAAAUGAUAGAUCUAGUUAGACGACAAGAAAAUGAGAAAGGUAUCAAAUCAUUAGACCAAACCUCGCAGAACGAGAAUGUUCUGACUGAAGAAGAUCUGUCUAAUCUGCGAAGUACAACAACAGAAAUGUUGACUGGCCAAUCCAGGACUCAGAGUGGAGAAGAUGGUGAACCAUCCUCAAUAGAUCUCCAAUCGAACUUCCAUGACGAACCUACUUCUGCUUCUCCUAGGAUACAUUUCACUACUUCGAAGUUUGACGCUAAGAAUUGUGAAGACAAUCAUCCGUUAUGUGAAUACUGGGCAUUCUAUAAGCAGUGUGGUGCAAACGCCAAGUAUAUGUACAAAUUCUGUAGGAAGGCUUGUGGUAUUUGCGAUUUUGUAUAA